GGCGCGAAACCCCGGAUGUUGACACAUGUGCGCGUGCGCGCACCUCUCGCGACGCUCCCCCGCCCCCCGAGUCACGUGACCCGAAACGAGGCGGGGCGGGGGCGGCGGCAGCGUGGUGAGGUGGGGGGGGGUCUCUUCCGCUCGACAAUGGCGACCGCGGGGUAAGCGUGGGGGAGCUAAGGCGGGCGGCGCACGAAGCGAGGUGCACGGUAGCGACAUGGAGAGCGGCGCCAAGUAUAUUUUCGGGGAGUUCAGCCAUGAAGAGGUGCAACAAUACUUCCAGAACUCGCACAUUUCCGUGGAGCUUCCUCCAUGCUCGGAAGACACGGACGAUGAUGAUGCGACAGGCCGUACCGGGGGGGGCGACUGUUCCGAGCCGGCCAGGGGGCUCGCGAGCAGCAACGGUGGGGACAACUCGGUCGAGGGCUCCCCUCCUGACGAAGUGGGGGGGCCCAGCACGCUCAACCCACGAGCCCCCGAGUUCUGCCUGCCGCUCGAGCAGCCCGCCACCUCCUUCCCUCGCCAGCCGGCCCCGCCACCGUUCCCGCCGGCGCCGAUGGUCGGUUGCCGAACCACCGCUGCGGCCGCCGUCAUCGCCGCUCCUCUGGUGGGAGACCCGGCGCCGCUGCCGCCCAACAGCUCCGUCCACACGGCAGCGCUGUCGAUGGGCCCGGCUGCCCCGCUGACGUUCGGCCACCCGGUGCCAACCGCCGCCCUGCAGCUGCCCCUGUUCGUGCCGCCCCAGUCGGCCCUCGCCGGCGCGGAAGCGGCGCCGGUCGUGGUGCCGCGGCCGCUGGUGCCGGUCCAUGCCCUGCCCGUGGGGCUGGCGCCGACGGCCUCCGCCACCGCGUUUUUUGGCAGCGCCCACACGGCGCCCGUCGUGCUGCUGCAGCCGCUGCCGGCGUUCAACAACGGCGACGAGAUGAGCGCCGCCGAAGCCGCCGCGGACGGGAACGGCGAUGGUUCCAGUCGCAGCUCGGGCGGCCCGCGGGAGCGGCGGAACAAGAAGAAGCGGCCCCCCGGCUACUACGGUUACCAGGAUGGCACCGGCGCGGUGAACGGGAUGUCGUGUGCCGACGACGGCGACGAGGCCUCUCCGGACGCCCCCUUCGCACCGCCUCCGCCACAGGGGGCGGCGCCCCCCCACCAGGGCCGGCUCCCCUCGCCGGUCCCCCCCAUCGCAGGAUCCACAGCCGCAGCCCCGGCAACCUCCGGAGGCGUCUGUGCCGGCGCCCCGUCCCGCCGAGCCCGCCGAGCAGCCGGCGCCGCCCUGCAAGCAGCCCGCGCCCGUGCUGGCGGUGCCGCCGGCCGCCGUGCCCCCGCCGGUGCCGUCCGCCCCACCGGCCCCGCCGCAGAGCGCCGCUCAGCCGACCGAAUUGCCGGGCAUCGGCGGUCCGCAGGGCCAGCAGCCGCCGUGAUGAUGAUGAUGCUGAUGAACGGCCCCCAGGGGCUGCCCGUUGAGGCGCUGUUGGUGAACCAGCUGGGCAUGCCGGCUGUUCCGGGGGUGCCGGUUGUGGCCUCGACGGCGCCCAUGACAGUGCCCCUGCUGGUGCUCCCCCAGCGCAUGCCGCCGGUCGUGAUGUCCGUCGCGCCGCAGGCGGCUGUGCAGCUGGUGGCGCCGGUGCUCCAGGCGCCUGCCGCACAGCCGCCGCAACCGACGGUGUGCCCGCAGCAGAAGCCGCAGCAGCCGCAACCAAAGCAACAGCCGCAGCCAACGCAGCAGUCGCAGCAGGUGGGGAACAGCACCACCGGCAGCAGCAGCAGCAGCAGCUUGAUCAUGCUGGCCACACGAGGUGCUCACCAGCUCCCCGUCAGCGCCAUCCGCACCGGCGGCAGCUUCAAGUUCGGCGGCGACACCAACUUUGCGGACGUGAGCGGGCGCCAGCGAGAGAGCCCGCCCGUCGUGUUCACCAACGCGUGCACCGUGCCCAGGGCGGCGCUGCUACGGGACGGCGCCGCGGUGGCGCCGAUGGCGCCGCCCGUCGGGGACCUGCGCUCGUCCUCGGCGCCCGGCGACGCCGCCAAGCAACCCAGGCCGAUGGCCACCAUCGCCCCGAUCUCUUUCGGCCCCGCCAUGCCAGCGCUGUCCGAGGUCGUGACGCUGCCUCCGGCUGUCGCCGAUCGCCAGCGGCGCGCGAGCGCCGUUACCGGCAGCGCGUCGGCACCGGCUCGGUCACGCGAGGAGCAGGUGGCCCCGGUGGCCCCGGUGGCCCCGGUGGCGGCGGUGGCGCCCACCGCCCCGCGCUGCGGCGAAGCCCGGAAAGGUUCCGCGCAGCUGAACGGCGUGGAGACGGCACCGGCGAGGCCCGGCGUGAACACGAACGCGGCGGUGGCGCCGGCCGGCAGCGCCGCCGCUACCGCCGGGCGAGGCGGUCGCCCGGCGACGUCGAUGCCGGCCGCGGCCUUUCUGGACCCACGGCCGCAAACGCCGACCCUUGCUCACGGUUCGUCCUGCCCCAUCGAGGCAUCUGCCGUAGGGAGGGAUGCUCCAGCGGCCGUUGCUCCAGCGAAAGAUGCUCAAGCUGGCGCGGUGGGGAGAGAAGCGCCUGCUAUUCCUGCAGGGAGACCGGCGCCAGCAGCAGCCGUUACUGCUGCGGGGAGAGAGCCAUCAGCUGGUGCUGAAAGCAGAGAGGCACCGGCUGUUGCUGCUGCUGCUGUCGCGGGGAAAUCUGCUGCUGCAGGCGACGCAGCUGCUCACGACGCCAGGCCACAGCCGCCGGCACUCCCCGGCGUCAAGACCUGGGCCAGCCUCUUCAGUGCCAGCAAGCCCGCCGCGCCGUCACCGGGGGCCGGCACCACUGUUCGCGUCGACCUGCCCGCCGGGGACUGCAAGGCGGGGGGGGAAAGGAGCCCGGGGUCGCAGGAGGCGCCGGUUCCGCAGACAGCGCCGGCGCACAAAGCUGGGCCCGUGUCGGUGGCCGAGGACCCCUGUGCCACCAGGAUAGCCGAGCUCCUGUCAUUGACGCCGUUGUCCUACAAGCCGGUCUCCGUGCAACCACGCGGGCUGAUCAACCGGGGCAACUGGUGCUACAUCAACUCCACCCUUCAGGUGCUUGUUGCUUGCGUGCCGCUCUACCACCUGCUGCGCGCGCUGCCCCUGUAUGGCGACGGCGAGCGCCCCGUCAGCGCCACGCCCAUGCUCGACGCGUUUAUCCGGCUCAUGAAGGAGUACGGAUCUAUGCUGCCACCAUCCAAACCCAAGACCGCUGGACCCCCGGAGAAGAGCAAAGACCUUCGCGUGGGGUCGCCCUUCGAGCCGGCCUUCAUCUACAAGCUGCUGUCAAUCGUCAAGUCCAGCUUGUGCGACAAGGGCCGGCAGGAGGAUGCGGAGGAGUUUCUGGGCUUUGUGAUUAACGGGCUGCACGACGAGAUGCUGUCGCUGCGCCGGCUGGACAGCGCCGACGGAGCUGCGACAAAUGGCGUGGCCUCCGAUGGGGCCAGCUCUGACGGCUGGCCCGAGGGGGAUGCGGAGGCCGGGUCCGGUGGGCCCCGUGGUGCCCAUGGUAAUGGCAGAGGGUUGCAGCUGGAGGACAGCGAUGGUCAUGGCCAGCGUGCCAACAACGAGAAGGGUGGCGAGGAGGAGGAGGAGGAAGAGGAGUGGGAGCAGGUUGGGCCGCGGAACCGCUCGGCCAUCACGCGCUCCGCCGAGUUCGUGCGCUCGCCCAUCACCGACAUCUUCGGUGGAUGCAUCAGGUCGGCCGUGUACCAGGCGGGGGUGAAGGAGUCGGCGACGCUGCAGCCGUUCUUCACGCUGCCGCUGGACGUGAGCGCGGAGCGCGUGUGGACACUUCGCGACGCGCUCGAGGGGUUGGUGGCACGCGAGGCCGUGCAGGGGUACACCACCAAGAACCGUCAGGAGGUGGAGGUGUGUCGUCGCAUCACGCUGGAGGAGCUGCCGCCGGUCCUCGUGCUGCAUCUCAAGCGCUUUGUCUACGACAAAACCGGCGGCUCACAAAAGCUGCUUAAGGCCAUCGACUACCCCCUAGAGCUGGAGAUCAGCAAGGACCUGCUCUCCCCAAUUGCCAAGGUGAAGCUUUCCAAGGGCCAGAGGAGCUACCGUCUGUUUGCCGUGACGUGUCACCACGGCGGCACGGCGGCGGGCGGCCACUACACUACGGACGUGCAGCACGCCGGCCUGGGCCUGUGGCUGCACUACGACGACCAGGGCGUGCGCCCCACCGCGCUCUCCGCAGUGCUCAAGCCCGUGCUGCCCCGUACCGCCUACUUGCUCUACUACCGCCGCGCAGACGUGCAGUGAGAGGGGGGGACGAGCCCCGACGUGGUAGCGGGGGGCGCCCGCUGCCACCCCCCCCCCCCCCCCCCCCCCAUCCUACCCCACCUACACCGGCGCCAGCUGCCUCCGCGCCCGAAGCCGGACGUUGGUGACGACGGCGGUGGCGGUGACGAUGGUGACGAUCGCGGGGACAGGAGCGCGCGCGUCGCUUGGACGACGGGCGGACGAGUCCCGAGUCCGCUCGCUCGCCUCCUCCGCUGCCCGCUUCUCCAGCCCUUCCUCCCCACUCGUCGGCAGUCCGCUUGUCAAACAGAAAUCUCUGAGCCACGUGACUUCUCACCACCCCCCCCCCCGCGUGCCGGUCGCGGUGCUGCCGGUCGAGGUGCUGCCGGUGUCGAGGCUCGCGGAAGAUCGUCGGAUGUCGGACGACGUUCCACAUAAGGGGGGGGGUGGAGAAGGACUCCCCCAUGCUGCCAGAGCUUCGUGGGCGCGCACGCACGCCGCAAGCACGCCUCGCACGCCUCGCCCGCCUCGCCCGCCUAGACCGCCUCGCCUGCCUAGACCGCCUAGACCGCCUCGCCCAUCCUCGCCCGCCUCUCCUGUGCGCGAGAGACCUUUCGAAUGAAUCGUCGGAAAAAUAACCUUUGAAAAAUAAUAUUUUCAAAAAAAUAACAAGUAUCGUGACUUCAAGUCCAUUUGUCUCGUACGCCCAAUGGAGUUCAGCGGCAGAAUGUGGCAAGGUGUCAAUCUGGUGCCCCCCCCCCCCCCACCAAAGAGCUCACAGGACACCUGGGGAGCCCCCCCAAGAGCUCACAAGACACUUGAGCUCACAGGACACCUGGGGGCCCCCCCAAGAGCUCACGAGACACUUGAGCUCACAGGACACCUGGGGGCCCCCCCAAGAGCUCACGAGACACUUGAGCUCACAGGACACCUGGGGGGGGGGGCCCAUGGAGCUCACAGGACAAGUGGGGGCCCCAGAGAGAUCA